AUGCUGCCGCGCGCCUGGAGCAACUCCGGCUACCGCGGCGUCCGCGCCCGCCCCUCCGGCAUGUUCUACGCGGAGAUCCGCUCCGAUGGCGUGCGUCUCGGCCUCGGCAUGUUCAAGACCGCCCACGAGGCUGCCCGCGCAUACGAAGCGGCAGCAUGGCGCCUCUCGAGGCCACGUUCGCAGAUGAACUUCAAUGACGCGCGGACGUGCCUGCAGGUGCAGGACCUCGCGCCUCCACCGCGGCUAAUCACCGACGAGGACCGACACGAACACCGUAAGCAGGAGCACCGCCUCCUCAUCGCCGAGGCAGACGAGUACGCCAUGGCGGAGUGA